AGCAGCAACUCUCUAUCUCUGCCCCAGUGCUCACGAGCUGCUUUCCUGACCGGCGCUGCAGCACCUUUCUCGACAUGCUUUGGUGUGCUGAAAUGCGCUGGCAAAUGGGGGAACAGGUCCGAGGCCUUGACUCUCAGGCUGAGAGUCGGCAACAGUUACUCCAAGAUGUGGCUGACUUCCUGCGCCGGAAAGCUGAGGUGGAGCAGGAAUAUUCCCGAGGACUGGAGAAGCUCUCUGAACGCUUUUCAGCUAAGAUUCGUGGAUCCAAGGAGCACCAGAACUUCAGGAAGGACCAGAACCUCCCAUCACCUUUAAACUGCUGGUACACAAUCCUUAACCAGACGCGGCAGGCAAGCCGGGAUCAUGGUGCGCUGAGUGAAAUCUACACAGGCCACUUGGCAUUGCGCUUGAUGCAUAUCAGUGAUGAUGUGGGUCGACUUGCUCGUAAAAGCAAAGAGAUGGAACAGCAAAUGCAGGAUGAGUUACUGAAGGCAAUUUCAGAGAUGCAGACAGCCAUGAAGUCAUACCAGACAUACCGUAUUGACUGCCUGAAUGCAGAAGCCAAGUUACGAGAGGCUGAGCGACAAGAAGAGAAACGAAGUGGUGGGAGGCACCCUGAUCCUGGGGGGUCCCCUGGAGGGGCAGGACUUGACAAGACGCCCCGUCGCACCUCACUUCGAAAGGUUGAGCGGCUCCUGGAAAAGAGGCAGUCCAAAUUUGUGGAGAGCAAGCUGAAAUGUGCCAAGGCCCGGAAUGACUAUCUGCUGAGCCUGCAUGCUGCCAAUGCUGCCAUCAGCAACUAUUACGUGCGUGAUGUUGCCGACCUGCUAGAUUGUUUCGACCUCGGCUUCCACCUUUCACUGGGCAAGGUGCUGAGAACUUACCUAGCAGCAGAAUCCCGGGCCCAAGCAUCUUGGCAACAGGGUCUGUGCACUAUUGAAGGAGCAGUUGAUGCCCUGGACCCACUGGGAGAUAAGUCCAGGUUGAUGGAGGCCAACCCUGCCGCUUACUGUCCUCCUGUGUGCUUCGACUACCAGCCUCAUGAGGGUGAUGAGGUAUCUGAAGUCCGGGCUGAAGGCCCCUUGAGAAACGAACUAGUGUCUCGGUUCCAGCACAUCCAGUCUCGCCUCAAUGCCAUCACUCUGGAGACCGAUGAGGUAAACAAGACUCUGAAGGCAACCCUGCAAAGCCUGCUGGAUCUGUUGGCAGUCGAGGAGCCGGAAGCGCUUGAUGCCUUUCAGGGUUGUCAGUCUACAGAAUCUCUCAAGUCUACAGGCUCUGAUGCAGGAGGGAAACAAGCCUUGGCAAAGCGCAGGGCCAAUCAGCAGGAAACAGAGAGCUUCUACAUCAUGAAAUUCAAAGAAUAUCUCUCUGGACGAAGCAUUCAAACAAAACUGCAAGCGAAGCAUGACCAGAUGAAGGAGGCGAUAGAAAAGGGUGCUGCUGUGGAUCGAGAACUAGCCAGGCCACAGUCCCAGCGCAUCCGGCGUUCCCGCCCUCCCUCGUGCUACCAUCACAAGCUCUUCGAGGGUGACCUACAGGCCUUUGUGGAGAGCUCUGGCCAAGCUGUGCCCCUCGUGGUGGAGAGCUGUAUUCGCUUCAUCAACCUCCAUGGACUCCAGCACGAAGGUAUUUUUCGAGUGCCAGGAUCUCAAGCACAGGUAGCAGAGAUCCGGAAUGCUUUUGAGAAAGGCGAGGACCCUCUAGCAGAUGGUUACACACAGCAUGACUUGGAUUCAGUAGCUGGAGUGCUAAAAUUGUAUUUUCGGGGAUUGGAGAAACCCCUCUUUCCUUGUGACAUUGUUCCGGAGUUGCUGGCAACAGCCCAACUGGAGUCUUCAGCUGAGCGCAUCUCACACCUUCGAGCCCUCGUAUCUCAGCUCCCAUCUGUUGUGCUGGUAGUUCUGCGGUACCUCUUCGCCUUCCUCAACCACUUAUCUCAGUACAGUGACGAGAACAUGAUGGAUCCCCACAACUUAGCCGUAUGCUUUGGCCCUACCCUGGUGACAGUCCCUGCAGGCCAGGAUGCUGUGUCGGUUCAGCCCCACAUCAAUGAGGUGGUGAAGUGCCUGAUUGUGCAUCAUGAGGCCAUCUUUCCUGGAACAAGUCAGCUGCCUGGGCCCCAGUACGAGAAGGUCAUGGCACUGGCUGAAGAGGAGUACUGUGAUGUGUUGCCACUGGAGGCCACGGCCGAGGAGCCGGAGACAGAGGGGACCCCUGAGACGCCAGCCAGUGAAGAUGAAUGUGACUCCCAGUCUGAGCCAGUUUUGCCACGCUCUGGUUCCACAAUUCAACACGAGGAACGGUUUGUGCCACAACGAACGGCCCCGGUUGGCUGGCGUCGAGGUGAGCGUGGUGGCAACCGGGGACUAGUGCCUCCCAUUGUUUUGCCUGACAGCGAGAGACAAUCUAGUCCCCGGAGUUCCAGGUUAGAGAUUGACACGGGAUCCUCUCUGGAUGAGCUACUCCCAGAACCCGCCAGCAGGCUUCGGAUGAAUUCAGAUGCUGGUGGAGGGAGUCGCCAGCGUGGCAGCGGUGGUGGAAGCAGUCCAAUCCGUAAGCUGGCCUCGCCCUUCAUGGAUGGGGGCCGCCUGCCCUUACCCCUCCUGCAACCUGCCCAACCUAGAAUCUAUCCCUCCACUGAUAGGCCAGACCGCUGGGGUGACCUUUCUCCACGGCCCUGGUGUGGCAACAGCUUUGAGAGGCAAGUGUUAACAGAGAAACGGGUGGAAGUAGAUAAGGAAGUUGCCAGGAAUAUGGAUUCUGUGUUCAAGGAACUUUUGGGAAAGACUAGUAGCAUGAAGCACACAGCGGCCGAUGAACCCUUAAACCACCCUGAGCCAACAGAUCCCCCGAAGAGCAACUUUAUCGGCAAGAAAGGGGCCACCCCUGCCAAGCAGACCUCUUCAAAUAGAGUGCUACUCCGGGGCAGAGUGGCCUUCAAAUCCUCGGGGAAUGGAGAAUGAGCCAGACUUGGGGCAAGGGAAGGUGUCCUUCACAUGAUUUGCCCAAUACUGUGAUGAUUUUUCCCCCCGUAGCCCAUCCUCUUUCAUAUCGUGAAGACCGACCCAGGGGAGCUCUUUCUGUCUCCUGGCCCAGCUGCAAAACAGUGAUAGGGAGAGGGGCAUGGGGAAAUUGUCAAUCUGAAUUUUUAUUCCCAAGGGUUUAAUUUCCAAGCGAAAUGUUUAAAGGGUCAUUUGGUGUCCUGGGCCUCAUGCACUGGGGUAGGUCUGAAGGUUUAAAUAUUGUGGAUGGGGUGGGUAGGUGCUUAAACACAUGGCAAUGUUUAGGGAUUUUUGGGUGGUGGUUUUUCCUUUUCUCCCCCC